AAGCCUUAGCUUGUUUCUUUCCACUCUCGCCUUGGCAUGGUUGCUGACGACCUCAACUUUUAUACAACACUGCACUGAAUGGUACUCACCUGAUGGCAGCCAUGGCGCAGAAUAGGCGAAUGUCAGAAUCAUAUCCUGGAUCUUGGAUCACGGCAGAACCUACAGCUAUCGCAAAUACCCCGGCCGAUUCGCAGGAAUGGGUCAAUCAUUGGCGCAGUAUCUAUGCUAGAGACCUUAUCGACUCCCGGAUCGUCACUGUGGAUGCCCAAACCAGCGUCGAGGAGGCAUGCGAGACCCUUCUUACUGAAGACAUACUAUGCUUGACUGUCAUGUCUAGUGACGCGACCAUCGGACUGUUCGAUUUUUCGGAUGUUAAUGCGUUCUUGACUCUGGCGGCCACGCGACACACCUUACCACCAGAUGAUUCAAGGGAGAAUCGUCGCGUUCAAGAAAUCGUUGCGGCUGCCCGAACAGGCCAUGUACCCGUUCAGCUUGUCAGCAAUCUAUCUGAGAAGAAUCCUCUCGUUGUUUUACCUUACGAUGCCACGAUUAUAUCUUUGUUGCAGCAUUUUUCUCAUGGAACACAUAAAGUUCUUGUACAGAAAGCGGAAUCUACAAAUGAUUACUUGGGCAUAGUCUCCGAUCGACGACUCCUAGCCUGGUUUUCUUCGUAUGCCUCAGAGAAUCCUUCUCUUAGGAACUUCCUUUCUAAUCCUCUCCAUGCGUUUUCCCUCCCUUCUCUUAAUUUGUAUUCUUCCGUUGUUGCAGCUACCUCGACGGCUAGUGUCUUGGACGCUAUGAGAUUAAUGAGUGAAGAAGGCGUUAGCAGUGUUGCCGUUGUUGAUGACGAGUCUGCGGUACUCCUCAGCGCCGUGAGCGUAACAGACAUCGGAAAGAUUGUCGUUCCAUCGGAAAGCAAACAUAUCUUGUCGACUCCUUUGCACCAAUUAAUUGCCCAGAUCAAGGAUCCUGACGGGUCUGAAGAUGGUGCAGACAAGUAUCCAGUAUAUUCCGUUCUUCCCACCAAUAGUAUGCUGUAUACGAUGCAAAAGCUACUAGCUACCAACGCACACAGGUUAUUCGUGACGCAGGACAAUUCAUCGGGCACAUCCUCUCCUCUAGCAUCCUAUAUCACCUCUGGAAAUCUUUCUGGCAUUGUCUCAAUUGUUGAUAUUUUGUCAAUCUUUGGUCGUAUGGCUAAUAUCGAAGACGUCGAUCCGAAGCGAAUGCAGCGCCACCGGCGCGCAUCGUCUUCAGCCUCUUCUCACUCAUCCCUGUCGGAUGAAUUGUCUCGCUCGAGGCCUAGUAGUCGGACAAGUGUCCGGCGAAGCAUGAGUCUCCGAAACCCGAAAGCAAUGAACCGGGAUUCGCGAGCUUCCUUCUCCAGCGUGGAGUCAGCCUCUCAUGCGAUAGAAAGGAACGCGUAGGAGAUUUUUCUUGGGAAGUCCAAUUGGUUGUAUUAUACAUGUAGUGACAUUCGUUGCUGGUUAAUUAAAUAUUAAAUGAAUGCGUCGAUCAUCGCUCCAUGUCGG